CCCAGUGUCCGAUCUCCUCUGAGACCCACUCCUAUGCAGGAGGAAGCCUACCAUACCGUGGACGAAGUCCAUUCCUCUGAGUCUAGCGGGGAGGAAGAAGAGGCUGUAAGAGCUCCUGCGACUGUCAAGGCCUACGCCAGGGUAAAGCGCAUUUUUCUUCUAUGGUGUGCAUCUCAUCAAGUACCAUCUCAGGAUCCUCCAGUAUCUGCUAUUCUCCAGUUCAUGCAGGAUGGACUAGAUAAGGGCCUCAGCCCUUCUACACUCAAGGUACAGAUCUCUGCUCUGUCAGCCGCCUUUGGCAGAUCUUUACAUCAAGACCCUCUGAUUAAGAGGUUCCUUAAAGGAGCCGUACGUCUUAAGCCUAGCAUUUCAAGACAUAUACCGCAGUGGGAUCUCUCAGUGGUGCUUAAAGGGUUGAGUGGUCCCCCCUUUGAACCCUUGGAAGAAGUGGACUUUAAGUUUUUAUCCUGGAAGGUAACCUUUUUGUUGGCCGUAACUUCGGCCAAACGCAUUUCAGAGCUUCAGGCUUUUUCGGCGUAUGAGCCAUACACUUUAUUUUUACCGGACAGAGUCCUUUUACGUUUUUUACCCACCUUUUUGCCUAAGGUGCCCUCUGUGCACAACAUUAAUCAAGUUGUGUCUUUGCCUGUGUUAUGUUCCUCUUCUUCCUCUGCAGAAGAAAGUUCCCUCUAUACUCUGGAUGUGGCCAGAUGUUUGAGAAUCUACAUUGAGAGAUCCCAGGAGUUCAGAAGGUCAGAGAAUCUUCUUAUCCUGUUCUUUGUCAGGAAUAAAGGGAAGAAUGCCUCUAAGCCUACUCUAAGUAGAUGGAUAAGAGAGGCCAUCAGAGAAUCUUUCGCUUCCCAGAAUAGACCUCCUCCUGCCUUUGUCACUGCUCACUCCACCCGAGCAGUCUCUACUAGUUGGGCCGAAAGGUCUCUUAUUCCACUGGAGCAGAUUUUUUCGCGGCCUCCUGGAGCUCACAUUCUACCUUUGUGA